GCGGCGGGCGCGAAUGGCGGAGCAAUGGGAUCUGGACGAGGAGUGCCUCCGCCGCCUGGGGGCGCUGAACCUCGAGCAGCCGGAACUGGUGGAGUCUCUCUCAUUGCAGGGAUCUUAUGCCGGAAAAAUCCACUCUAUUGGUGAUGCCUUCAGAAAUUUCAAAAGUCUCCGGUCCUUGGAUUUAUCAAGGAAUUUGAUCACUAGUCUAAAGGGCAUCCAGUAUUUAUGCUCACUCCAAGAUCUGAACUUAUAUUAUAACAACAUUCCUUCAUUAGUGGAGGUGUCCCGACUACAGCCCUUACCCUUCCUCAAAGAGCUAGAUUUGAGACUCAAUCCUGUUGUAAGGAAAGAUACAGAUUAUAGGCUCUUUGCCGUGUACACACUGCAAACACUGGAAAAACUGGAUGACCGAGCCGUCCGUGACAGUGAGAGGAGAGCGGCCAAGCUACAUUUCAGUCAGUUGGGCAACAGUGAAAAUUUUCUCUUAGAGGUGGAAAAAAGCUCUAGGGAGAAGACAAUGAAAAACUGUGUGACAGAUGAGGGCCCCACAUCACAUGUCAGUCCUGAGGUUGACACCAGGAUGGAAACAGACUCAAACAAAGGACUUUUUAUUCCCUUCCCCAACCGGGAAAUAAAGGAUUCCCUAAUCAGCAUUUGUGCAACUCAGGGCAGUGGCACACCAGCUCAGAAGUUAGACGCUUUUCCGCUGGGGACACAGAUACAGGAAGCAACAAGAAGGGAGACAAGUGACCUCCACCAGGAAGAUGGAUUGGAACUCAGGCACUACCCACCUCAUCAGUGCACAGUCCGAUCUCCAGAGAAGAUGACAAGAGAUGGAUACCGAGUAUCUUUUUUAGACACUAAGUCUUCAGGUUCUUCUCCAGAAAAAGACUUGAUACCAAAACCUGAUGCCUAUCCGUGUACCCAUGAUGCCUCUUUGGUUAAAGGCCUGGAUGUGGGUGAUUCUAACCAGAUCCUUCCCUGUCAGUUACCUUCUGAUGUUUGUCUGGGCCAUUAUGAUAAUCCGCAUUCUCAAACUCUUUGCCUGCAUGGAAGUCUUGUCAAAAGGCCUCAAAAGGGCAAGAACUACCGAGAAUAUAGUAUAAAGCCUUCACACGACAAAAAGGCCAUCUCAUCCCAUCCUUGCGGAGACUUAACAUCCUUGUCAAACCCCAACUCCAGCACAGGAAGGCUUCUGAAGCUUAGCUCAGAUCUCUAUGCCACAACCCAUUUCAACAGUGACCCUGCUCUGCUGGCCAAUGUGGAACAACAGCUCUCCACCCUCCGGGAUUUCGCACCAGCACCUGGUUCUUUCCCAAGCAACCCUGCCCUAGGAAAUUCUCUGCGGACACUGCUGCUGCCUCCUGGGACUCCAGAAAACAGACAGAUUCCAACUAAGAGGUCAUUAAGUCCUUCAAGGAGAGGAUUCAAGCGAAAGGACAAUGUCCCUGCCAACCUGAAUCUGAAGCGUGGUUUCCAAGAUACUACAGGCAGCGAGGUGCAACCUCUCUCUAGUGACCUGGGCAGUUUGCAUGGUUCAUCAGGAAACCAUAGUCCCCCGAUCUCUGCCAGAACCCCCCAUGUGGCCACUGUCCUCAGACAGCUCCUGGAGCUGGUGGAUCAGCACUGGAAUGGGUCUGGCUCCCUCCUCCUCAACAAGAAGUUUCUUGGUCUCGCCAGAGAUUUGCUCCUGUCCUUGGUGGUCCCUGCACCUCUUCAGCAAUGGCAUCACUCGCUGCUUGAUGACAAGGCGGGGAAAGCCUUGCGCUGGAGGGAGAUGGAGCCAAAGGAAGCAGGGCAGCUGGUUCCUAAUGAUGUGGAAAGUUUGAAGCAAAAACUGGUCAAAGUGCUGGAGGAAAACCUUAUUCUGUCAGAAAAAAUUCAGCAGUUGGAGGGAGCCGCUGCCACCUCGAUUGUGAGUGGGCACCCAUCUCACACACACGAUGAUCUUCUGCACAAAAACCAACAGCUGACUAUCCAGGUGGCCUGCCUGAACCAGGAGCUGACGCAACUGAAAAGGCUGGAGGAGACAGUCGCUCUUCUCCAUGAGAGUCAGAGAUCCCUGGUGGUAACUAAUGAGUAUCUGCUGCAGCAGCUGAAUAAAGAGCAGAAAGGCUAUUCCGGGAAAUCACUCCUGCCUCCCGAGAAGAGCCAUCCUCUGGGGAGAUCGUCGCCCUUUGGGAAAAGCACGCUGUCUUCCUCCUCACCAGUGGUACACGACACUGGUCAGUACCUAAUACAGAGUGUCUCAGAAGCUGACCCCGAGCCUAGUCUGUGGAGCUAGCACGGAAACCGUCCCCACCAGCUCUCUCACCCAUGAGGACGCCCAGUGCUGCUGUCCCUGUGGUGGGUACUGGUGUUUACCCCCAAAGAUUAAGAAAAACUUAUUAUGAUUACUUUA